AUGCAGCACGAUCCAGCCGAGUUCGAGGCUGUGAACGAAACCGCUGCUUCAAUUUUUUUUCGGAAACCUGAUCCAAAUAAGCCUGAUUCCGCUUCUGAUAAGGACCUGGAAGAGCAUAGAAAUACGCUGGAACAUCCACUUCCACUUGACAACAACAAUAUGGGUGCUGGAACUUCGUCUGCUAGUAGACCAGAUGUUCCUGAAGAUGUACUUUACGAGAAUGCUUCGGCGGAGUCGGACUCCCAAGACUCUGAUGAUUGGGAUAAGGACUGGCUUUCUCAUGUGAAUAGCUUGUCUAUCUGGGCGUCGCCCUUGAGCCGGAUCUCUUUUGUCUUGUUCUUGGUUGGUAUUGCUAUUACCGUGUCCCAGGCCUCGCUGGAGGUGAUCAACUACAAGCUAGCAUGUCAGGUGCUCAUCAAGAAUAGACUUGCCUCUCCUGUUGAGCAGCAAUGUGAUCCUGUUCAAACCCAGGAAAUCGUCUCCACUUUUCUCAUGUGGGAUUUGGUUAUUUAUUCAGUGGUCUCCUUGAUUACAUGUACAAAGGUCAGUGCUCUUUCUGAUAUCUAUGGGCGGAAACCUUUCCUUACGGCUUUCGUCGUUCUAACCAGUGUCAACUCAUUUAUCAAGUACUUCCUUGUUUCAACCACAAACGGAUAUCCUAUGGUUGCAAUGUGGUGCUCUACAGUCAUUGGUGCUACUUCAGGAGGCCUGGUAGCCUUGGUUGCUCUUUUCAAGGCUUACAUCACAGAUAUCUCUCGUCCUUUGGAUAGAGUUAGUGCUAUGAGUUGCACUGUGGUGGCUUUCUCUUUGGGUCAGAUUGUGGGCCCUCUGUUGUCCUCCUUCGUUUUGUCUUAUUCCAAUCAAAACGAGAACGCUGCUAUUCCUAAGGUACCCCAUGUUUCCAGUGAUUCUCCUGACCAAACCAAUAUGGUUCCUCGCGUGGAACUUAUACCCAUGAAGAUUUCUUUGCUUGUACUCACAAUUGCACUGGUAUUUUGCAUAUUCCUCUUGCCAGAGCUGAGAUCUCACAAGUCGAGAUUGAAGUCAAGGUCCGCGUCAAUGAUUCUGUUGCAGGCCAACAGAACAACAUUGCCAUCUGUUUGGUCCAGAGUUUUGCAUUUCUUGAAAGACUAUGUCAAGCCACUUCGUCUUCUUAUCUAUCCAUCUGAGCUCAAGACAGAGGAGAAUGCUCACAGGUUCUGGCGUGUCAGAGUAUGCGUCUUUUGUCUCUCGAACGUGGAAAUUCUUCUGGGUGUCAUUAUGCUUCUGGUGAUGCUCAUAGAGUUACAAUAUUGCAUCUACAAGUACAAAUGGGACUCAGUCACCAUUUCAAACUUCACUAUCGUGAAAUCGCUUCUCAGUAUCGUCGGAAUGGGUGUCAUCGUGCCCAUUCUUUACAAAUACGUAUUUCCUCGUUCCAAGAUAUUCACUCCAAGAUCAGAUACUUUUGAUGCUGCAGACUCCUUGGUGAUGAUCGUUGGUUUGUUUCUCAUGGUUGUUGCACAGUUUGGUGCAUCGUUAGCACCCAACGGUUCCAUAUACAUUCUUUUUGCAAUUACGAAUUCGUUAAGUACGUGUUUUGGUCCCGUAUCUGCCGCUGCUCCUGUGAAGUUUUUCCCUUCAUCGAAGGUCGGUGAAUACUACGGUGCUACGGCGUUGGCGCUGGGCCUUCUCAACCUCUUCACGCCGAUGGUCAGUACUUCUUUGUACAAGUACGGUAUAAGGGAAGGUUUCCCUGGAAUGCCUUUUGUUUUAACUUCGUUGCUUGCGUUGGUGUCCUUUAUUUCUACAGUUAUUGCAAAGUGGAGUAUCCAUGAAACUCGUGGUUCUCUCUCUUUGGGUUAA